CCACCGCUAGUGAUGAAGAGGGAGGAGGAGGAAGCCACGAAGAGAGGAAGGAAAUGAAGAUCACGUCACGAAGAGCAGAAUCGGAGUAAAAAAAAAAGAGAAAAAAAGACGGAGUGCUAUUUAAUGGACGCUCCUCGCCUUGACGCCACCGCGGACUCUUCUUCUACAACCAUGUCAUCGUGGACUUGUUCGGCGUGAAAAGGGGAAACGCGGUCACGCAGCUGUGGGGGAGGGGGAUUUUUCUUUUUUACAUCUGAAAAGCGGAAGGAGAAGAAGAAGAAGAAGAAGAAGGAGCAUCGGGAGAAUUAACAGGCAGCAGCUACAUCCAAUCCCAAAAUGAGUGAGCUGGAGCAGCUUCGCCAGGAGGCCGAGCAACUGAGGAACCAGAUACGAGAUGCCAGGAAAGCGUGUGGGGAUUCGACGCUGACACAGAUAACAGCUGGUCUGGAUCCAGUGGGGAGGAUACAGAUGCGAACAAGACGCACCCUUCGUGGCCACCUUGCUAAGAUCUAUGCCAUGCACUGGGGGUCAGACUCAAGGCUUCUUGUUAGCGCCUCUCAAGAUGGCAAACUGAUCGUGUGGGACAGCUACACCACUAACAAGAUACACGCCAUCCCUCUGCGCUCCUCCUGGGUGAUGACCUGUGCGUACGCUCCGUCCGGAAACUACGUGGCGUGCGGAGGCCUGGAUAACAUCUGUUCUAUCUACUGUCUGAAGACAAGAGAGGGGAACGUCAGGAUCAGCAGGGAACUACCUGGACAUACAGGUUACCUGUCAUGUUGCCGUUUCAUCGAUGACAAUCAAAUCAUCACAAGUUCAGGAGACACCACCUGUGCAUUGUGGGACAUCGAGACGAGCCAGCAGACCACGGUGUUCUCGGGCCACACGGGCGACGUCAUGAGUCUGUCGCUGUCGCCCGACCUGCGCACCUUCGUAUCGGGGGCCUGCGACGCCUCGGUGAAGCUGUGGGACAUCAGAGACAGCAUGUGCCGACAGACCUUUACGGGCCACGAGUCUGACAUCAACGCCAUCUGUUUCUUCCCCAACGGCAGCGCCUUCGCCACGGGCUCUGACGACGCCACCUGCAGGCUGUUCGACUUGCGCGCCGACCAGGAGCUCAGCCUCUAUUGCCAUGACAACAUCAUCUGCGGCAUCACCUCGGUGGCUUUCUCCCGCUCGGGCCGCCUGCUGCUGGCGGGCUACGACGACUUCAACUGUAACAUCUGGGACGCCAUGAAGGGGGACAGAGCAGGAGUCCUGGCCGGCCAUGACAAUCGUGUGAGCUGUCUGGGCGUGACUGAUGAUGGCAUGGCUGUGAGCACCGGGUCCUGGGACAGCUUCCUCAAGAUCUGGAACUAAUACACACACGCACACACACACACACACACACACACACACACACACACACACACACACACCCACACACACACACACACACACGCACGAACACACAUGCACACACACUUCUGGCGAACACUAGUUGGCCAGCAUGUGUUCGCACUGUAAUGUAAGCUUCAACAAAGUGCAACAAGUGUACAUAAGACAUAGAAUGACUUAGUUUACACCAAUCACACAUGCUACCUGCAGCUGACUGCAGCUGCAAGGCUACACACACACACACACACACACGCACACACACACACACACACAUGCGCACGCACACACACAAUGUAAAAAAAAAAAAUACAAAAAAAACAUCAGUGUGACCAAAUACAGUUUUCUUGUAUUUUAAACAAAAUCACA